GUCAAUUUUGCGUCAUUCAUUGUCAAAUGUCAUCGUGCCAAUAAGAAAAACAUUUUAUUUUCCUAUAAAUUACUCAUUAUUUGAAGUCCUGCAAGCAAUCUUGUGAAGUGGUAUGAAGUUGUAACAUCCCGGUGAACUACGUACAUAAUAACUAUUAACUAUCAUUACAAGCGUAUGCAAAAAAGAUAAAUUAGCACUAAUUACAUAAAUAUAACUUUCUACAGAAUAAACCGAUGCAUCGGGAAAAUAUUCGUCCAACAUGAUUUUAGGCACUGGUUUUCUGUUGCUCCUGUUUACUUAUGUACAAACAUCAAAUUUUUACAAUGAUAUCGAACAUAGUGCAUAUACAGCGAAUGAUGAGCUACCGAUUUACUCUCAAGGUCUAAAACUUCGAAAACGCGAGGCUGUUCCGCUACCAGUUCAAAUAAGUGACAGUAAAAAUGAUACAGAUAUAAGGAAGGAUAUCCCAGAAAUACCUAAACCCGAAGGUGUCCCGAACGCUAUUGGCCCCAGUGAAGGGGGAGGCGCUAGUGUGCCGUCUGCAAAGCCAGAGCAUAAUAGCACUACUACUAAACCUGAUAGAAUUAAAGUUGAUACUAAAUUAGACCCUCAAAAUGGCAAAAACAUCACAUCAAACAGCACUAUCAAUGUAUUAAAAAGCAACGAAACAUUGGCAGCUAUCCCUAAACAAAAUGAAACUGCUGUCACCACUUCCAGUUCUAGUGAUGUGGAAAGUGCUCUCCAGAACCCUGGUGUGGUGAAGCGAGGACUUAUUGUUUUUGGUGGUUUUGCCCUCCUUGCUGUUGCCUACUUCGUGUUUUACAGGAAAAAGGCCAAGAAAUAUGAUGCAAAUAAUUCACACAACACCAACGAUACAAAUCAAUUUAGAUAUGGUGUCCUCCAAUCGGAUGAUCGGAGAGACAACCUGGAACUGUCUCGAAUACCCUUAACCAUGGAAUCUGACGAGGAUGAUGAAGAGGAUUUGGAGAUCUUUGACUUGGAGCAGAAGAGGAAAUCCCUAUCCUAUGUUAAUCUUCAGACAAAUGACGAAGAUAUUGUAUUACACAGGUCAAAGGACGAAUCAAAGAACAAUCUCUUAUUAGACAUAGAAGAUGGGCCGUCGGACACUUUGAUUAACUGGUCUAAUACUGGUAGUAAUUCAAUAUUAUAAUUGGGGUUUGAAGGUUACGUGAGGGCUUGUACAAAGUUAAUACAUGAUUGUGUAUUAAAAGUUGAACUUGACUGUUAAAGAUGAGAUGGGGAGGGAGGGGGUAUAAUAUCUUGACAACGAGUGAGGGGUGGCUGCUUUCAAGUUUUGAUAUACAAUCUGUAUUUUUUCUAUUUUUAAAAAUGCAGACUUAAUUUUGUUUACUUAUCGAAAAGCUGGCGUUUAAUAUGACAAAUCGAAUUUCUAUGAGAUAGAAAUUAGUUAUUGCAUUAAUUUUUUUUUUAAUAGAGUAACCUAAAUUAGGUUAGGUAAAGCCGGGUACUCACUAGCGAGCUGUAACUGUAACCGUU